UUGCGUCUAGUGUCUAGUUCCGACAAGUUCGCAAGUCGCAAGGGUCGCUCGAGUCGAUUAAGCCUUUACAAAAUUGUAGGUUAAGUUGCAACGUAUAUUUACGUUUCACCAAUUCUGAUAAUUUUAGUACUUUUAAUUAAUUUGACGUUUAAAAAUAAUGGAAAGACAUUCGCGAAGAGAUGAUUACGACAAAUCGCGUGCUAAAGAUCGACACAAUAGUCGAAAUAAGGAUAGCUCGAUCCACCGAAAAUACGAUGGGGAAUCUAGCAGUUCCAGAACGAAAAGUAAAGAUACCAAAAAAUCAAAACACUCAAAGAAAAAGGCCAAGCGAAAGGAUGCCUCAAAGUCACCGGUGCGAAAAAAAUCUUCGAAACAAAAGAAACGUAAAAGUCGCAGAUCAUCGUCGUCUUCUUCUUCCUCUUCUGCCGAUUCAACAUCCUCGGAAUCUUCUACUUCUUCCUCAAACUCUGUAAAGUUAUUGGAAAAGCUGCAGAAACAGCGCCAAAAACAGGCAGAAGAUCGUCGUCGUCAGAAAGAAUUAUUGAAAGCAACAGAGACACCGGAGGAAAAAAGGUUACGUCGUUUAAAAAAGAAAGAGGCAAAGGAGCGUAAAAGGAAAGAGCGGAUGGGAUGGGACAAUGAUUAUCUUCAUUAUACGAAUACAGACAAUCCAUUUGGCGAUGGGAAUCUCUUAUCAACGUUCGUCUGGUCAAAAAAAUUGGAAAAAGAAGGUUUGUUGGGUGUGAGCAGAGAAGAACUGGAAAGUCGAAAUCGUUACAAACAGGAGGAGAAUCGAAGAGAACUGGAAAAAGUGAAGAAAAGGCGACAAGAACGAGAACUGGAGAGACAGCAAAGGGAGGAAGAAAUGACCAUGUUACAGCGUGGAAAAGAAGCCGCUCAAUUGGAGCAAUGGUCUAGACAAGAGGAUCAAUUUCAUUUGGAGCAAGCAAGAUUGAGAUCAAGAAUACGAAUACAGGAUGGUAGAGCCAAACCCAUUGAUCUUCUCGCUAAAUACAUUAGCGCGGAAGAAGAAGUGGAUGCUGUUGAAAUGCACGAACCUUACACUUAUCUUCGUGGCUUGAACGUCAAGGAUCUUGAAGAUCUCAUUGAAGAUAUCAAUGUCUAUAAGGAAUUGGAGCGUGGCAAAAAUCUUGAUUAUUGGAAUGAUAUCACUGUUAUCGUUGAAGACGAGUUGCACAAACUAAGAAAGUUGGAAAGAUCCGAGUAUGAAGUUGCUGUUGGUCGUCGGGAGGGAAUCCACGAAUCCGUAGCCAAAGAUGUUACAGCAGUAUUUAAGGGCAAAACUGCAGCCCAGUUGGAAGCUCUUCAAUUACAAAUAGAAACGAAAAUAUCUGGCAAAUUGGAACGGGUGGAUAUCGGAUAUUGGGAGAGUUUACUUUCUCAAUUGAAAGCUCACAUGGCAAGGGCUCGAUUAAGAGACAGACAUCAGGAGAAUUUGCGUAAAAAACUGGAAGUUUUGAUUGCUGAGCAAGGAGUAGCAAGGAGUGAGAGCGAAGCUGAUGGAUCCGACGCUACAAGCGAAAAAGAAACUAAAACGAAUGAAGCAAGUACGAGUAGUGCGGUGCGCGAAAAGGCAGAUGACAGCGAUUCCAAUGAGGAGGAUGAAGGUUCGAAUGUGGCGGACGAAAUGAUAUCGGAAUCUUGUCGAGCAUACGAAUCCGGUGGUUAUUCGCCAAAAUACAUGACUCAGUCACAACUUGAGCCCGGAACAAUCGUGACUCUUGACGAGGACGAUGCGCGCCGGUUGGAGUACGCGCGAGUUCAAGUUCUUCGUACAGGUGGAAAAGUCCAGAGUAUUAUGAGCGCCGAGGAACAAGCGAUGGAUCGUGAAGCUCGAAAAAAUAUGAGCUCCGACGAGGCUCAAUUUAGCGUCGAAUCAUCGUUGGAAGCACAAAUUUACUUGUGGUCCGACAAAUACAGACCGCGCAAACCGCGAUACUUCAAUCGUGUACACACUGGCUUCGAGUGGAACAAAUACAAUCAAACUCAUUACGACAUGGAUAAUCCACCACCGAAAAUCGUUCAAGGCUACAAAUUUAACAUAUUUUAUCCUGAUCUCAUCGACAAAAGCACAACGCCUGAGUAUUUUUUGACUCCCUGUGCAGACAACAAGGACUUUGCGAAUCUCCGUUUCCACGCUGGCCCCCCUUACGAAGACAUUGCCUUCAAAAUCGUCAACCGGGAAUGGGAGUACUCCUACAAACGAGGAUCAGGUGCCAAUUUCACAACAACAUAUUUCAGUUAUGGUUUCACUUCAAGAGAUAUCGCUAUCGAAGAUAAGAGCCAAACAGGCUUUACAUUUUUGUACAUACUACCUGCAACAUGUAUAACGACACGAAUAUACCAUUUUUUUUCUUCCACUGCGAAAUCCUCGAGAGAAUACUAUGUAUUUUCUAUCUUCAUCAUGAAGUGGAAAAAGGUUGCUGCUGAAUUUCUUCCCGAGAAGACAUUUCUCAUCAUUAAGGACGACCUCGAAUCGCUCGCAGCCAAGGAAAUAUCGUCACGUAGAAUAAAACCAAAAUCGGCGUUGGACACGGGGACCUGGCCACCAAAAUUUAAAAACAAUCGUCAUCACAAUCGGAAUUACAGCCAAAAUCACAGUCGUUCAUCGGGCAAUGGGGAACGUCCGAAAACAGCGAACCUGGAGAGGCCAAGUGUACUGAAUCCCAGGUUGUUAAACAAGUUGGAUAUGUCACUGGUGAGGAAGGAAUUGUUGUGUGAUUCGAUGACGCGAAUUCACCAGAGUGUGAAAGGUCGAGUGGGUGGGGGAACAACGAGGAAUACGACGAGCGGUAGUUCAAGGCGUCGUCAGAGUGUUCCGAUCGGUGAAAAGUCUUGUUCGUUUCCUUCUGGUUUGCCAAGGAAGAGGAUAUCGAAUUUGUUUUACGACGACGAUCAGGAUUCGAGGACAACGUCGUUGCCAAUCGUCAUAACGAUUGGUACGAAGAAAGUCUCGAGUUUCGAGCAGUUGCACGAGCCUGGUAGAGGCAUUGAGAUUUCUUCGGAUUCGUCAAUCAUGAAAAAACAAUCGUCGUUGUCGAGCAGUCGUCGUCAGAUUAUUUCGAGCGGUGAAUCCACCGAGAGCUUUUCUAAGAAACGAAUCUCGGAGGGAAAACGUCUCGACGACAACAACAACAAAAACAACGCUGCGGGCAACAAUAACAACGCAGUCAAAAUAAUAUCUCCACUUUCAAGCGUGAAGAAAAAUAAGGCUUCGAAAAUCGCAGUUUCCACUGAAAUUGAAGUUUUCACAGGAGCCUCCACCAAGAGUGCUCCGGAGCCUUGUAAGACUUGUGGCCGACCCGAUCAACCCGAGCGUUUUCACAGCCAUCCCAAAAGCUCUGGGGUUGUUUUGAAAAAAGAUAAGGAUUCGGGGGCUACCGGAAAAGCCAAAAUUCCUGUUCCAAAAACUAUUCAAAAACCUGUCGCUCUCAACUUUCGGAGCGAGAAGUCCAAGCGAACCAAAUCUCAGGAAGAAAAACAAAUUCCGUCGCCCAAAGGAGAAAACUCGAAAAAUACAUCGCCACGGGAUCAAAAAGCCGAGAAGAAUCAAGUCGUUCGAAUGGGUUCUUCGAGAAAAGGACCGAGGACCGUCACUUGUUAUAUUUGUGCUCGAGAAUUCGGAACUGCCAGCUUCCCUAUUCACGAACCAAAAUGCAUGCAAAAAUGGGAAAGGGAGAACAAUGCGUUGCCUGCCUCGCAGAGGCGUCCAGUUCCCCAAAGGCCAAUCGUACCGGUAGAUCAUUACGAUUGGAACAAUGCAGCCUGGGAACAGAGUCAGGCACAGUUGGUCCCCUGCUGGAAAUGCGGCAGAACAUUUUUACCCGAAAGACUAGAGGUCCACGAGAGAAGUUGCAAAUGUUCCAGGAAAUUAGGUUCAUCGGGAAGUUCACCAACGGCCGUCGAGAAAAGUGUGGAAAAAAUGGAUGAUUUAACUUUACGCACUGUUGCCGCUCGAGGAACGGUAUUGUGCCAAAUUUGUGGACGAAAUUUUGGUACCCGAAGCAUCAAAAUACACGAGCCACAGUGCAUGAAAAAAUUCCAAGCCGAAAACGAAUCUCUCCCGUUGAACCAACGCAGGAAAAUACCUCCGAGAAUCGAAAGAUCCGCUGAUUCCACCAGUCGAGAUCGUCUCUCACCAACCAACCCGAUGAGGCUUUUGCCACCUCAGAAGCCAACAUCGACUUGUUACAUUUGCGGACGUGACUUUGGCUCGGCGAGUAUCGAAAUUCACGAGCCUCAGUGCCUGCGAAAGUGGCAAAAUGAAAAUUCGAAAUUGCCGUUACAUCAGCAGAGGGAUGAGCCUCAAAAACCCGAAAUCAUUUACACGAGUGAGAGUUUGGUUGGUAGUCCCAUGGUGGAUUGGGCAGCGACGAGCGAGGCCCGAUGGAAAUCACACCUUGGUCAACUAGUGCCUUGUAAGCAUUGCAAAAGGACGUUCAACCCAGAUCGUGUCGGCAUACACGAGCGAAGUUGCAAAGGAAUACAUUGAAAGAACUACAAAUUUCAUUUGAAAGAAUUGUUUUGACAAAUUUUUGUGCUGCUUUUUUUUUAACACAGAAUACAAAAACUGUUUAUACGGAGUUUACAUUUUGUGCGGAGACUCAAAGGAGCUGGAAUGGGAAAUUUAAAACACUCACAGUAGAAAUAUUCCAAAUUAAUGAAAAAAAAAACAAUGUAAGCUGAUGAUUUUAAGGCUAUACAUUUAAAACUGUACAGUGCACUGUCAUGAUUAAUUUUAGUGAAAGUAUUUUCAUUGUAACGCAGGAUAAAGAUGAAAUUUAUUUAUGGAUA